AAUCAGACAGGAAGCCACAAGUGUUGGCCAAUCAGAGGCCGGGUAGGAAACAGUCAAGCGAGAAGCUUAUUUUUUCUUCCGGGUUAAUCUCGGUCCGUCUGAAAACUGACUGAGUCGUAGAAAUAGAAUCGUCUCUAAAGUCUAAACUCUGGAUAAUGUGCUGUGAUAUAUAUAUUUUAACUGAAUGGGAAUUUAAAUCAGGCACAGGCACGAAGAGCUGAAGGACCAUCAGGACGUGGGGGUUUCGACACUCGGCGGAGAAGGGCGGUGCCGUUCUAAAUAAAGUCUCUAUUUCGUCUUGUUCAGCGGAAAGAGACCCAGGGAGUGUCCGCCUCACAGCUCGUGUUCGGAGGCGUAUAUGAAGUUUGAGUCACUCCGGUUCUGAGUCGCGAACAUGGAUGGACACUCGAGGUUCGGGCCCGUCAAGGUGCUGCUUCUCGCCGCCCUCACGAGCUCCGCGCUGGGCCAAAGUUUACUGUACAUCGAGGAGGGAAAACCCCUGGUCCUGACUCCUCCGAAGCAAGGAUCUGUCAUCACCAGCGUCGAGUGGACCCACAACACGAACCUGGUGGUGGAGUGGAGGAAUAAUGUUCUGGAGUUCUACAGGUCGUUUAAAGGACGGACCGAACUGGACAAGAGCACCGCACAACUGACCGUCAACAGCGCCACGCAAAGCGACGGGGGAGAUUACAAGGUGGAGAUCAACAACCAGCAGCUGAGUCAAGUGUACACGGUUAGAGUGAUCAAGAGGGUGACCAAGCCCUCGGUGGUGGUGAGGACCCCGUCAUGCGGCCCCACUUCCAGCAACUGUAACUUCACCUGUCAGGGAGACUCCACCGGGACUCAGCCCCUCACCUACAGCUGGAGGAAGGACUCAGGUGACCCGGAUGAGCGAGGUGAGUGGGAGCUGGGGCCGCAGACCAUGAACCUCCUCCUCGAUGACGUGAAGACGAAGCAUGUAAAACAGAUCUCCUGCAGAAUGAAGAACCUUGUCAGCGAAGAGGAGAGCGACCGUCUUGAUAACCCAAUGUACCCGAAGGACAAGGGGUCUUCAGGCGGGCUGGCUGCAGCUAUCAUCGUCCCGAUCCUUCUGGUCUCGGGACUUUGUGCGGGAUUUGGAUAUUGGAAGCGAGAAGAUAUCAAGAAAGGGUUCUGUGCAGAUUCAGGGGCUAUUUAGUGGAGGUCUGGAGUUCUGCUUUAAGUGAAAGAGAUGGAAGUCCAUCUGUUAAAUGACCCCUGAAUGAAAAGCCAAACUAGACAGGUUUACAUUCCUCCACCAAGGCCAUCAGUCUGCCUCACUAUGAAACACAGAGCAGAAGAAAAAAUGCUAGAUUUUACCCCAAAAUGAAUUGAGCUCUUCCUUAAGUCGUGCCCCCGCCCUCCUCUAAACUUCACAGGACUCUGUUCAGUGGUUUCUUCGUGUUUCUGCUAAGGAGCAAACGCAGGUAAAACCACGACCUCCGUCCAGCUGAUGAAGCUCCAGCAUCACAUCGGGUCUCCGGUGCUUUUAACAAAUCAUCUAUUCAUCCCUGAAUUCUUCCUGUUGCAGAGGACUUUUUAGUUUUUUUAAUAUAAAAUCACAACAGCAGAGCUGAGGGCAGAAGCUAAGACAUUUUAUAAUCUGACUAUAUUGUCUAUUUUUUAAGCAACCACCUGUGUACAGGCUUUAGCUGCAUGGUCUUAAAAUUAUGAGCUGGGUGAGAAAAAUUAUUCAGUAACUGCCCGUCUCAAUUCAUAGUAUCAAAGUGGUGGAAGAAAUUAUGCUUUUUUUAAAUCAAGAAGGGGAAAACAACAGUUUAGAAAUAUAAUUUAACUAUUAUAUGUAAAGUCAGGGAAUCUAAAUGAACUUGAGCUGCUUUCAGACCUUCACUUAACUGAUAUUCAGAUGAAAUAUUCCGGAAGUUCUGUAUGUGAGAACAAAUGUCUGAGCCAGUGUCUCCCUGCAGCCUCUGAGUAAAAUGUAUUCAAAAAUAAUUUUAUAUGAAAUGUUGAUGUGUGAGGAAGAGUUAAUUUUAAUGACAUCACAUGCUUCAGCUUGUGAAUUCAUAUCUUAGCAGACACGUUUCCAUGGACACCCAUAUUCUGACCUUUACCAGAAUAAGACAAUCAGAAUAAGGCACUGCAUGUAAAGGGCAUGUUCUGAUGAAUUGAGCCUGAAUGAGAUCAUACUCAGACUAAUCAAUUAUCAAACUAAGAACUAUUGAGUAUUCUGCCUUUAGCCUCAUUAUGUUUAUGUGUUAAUCUCAUUAUAAUGUCCCAUUGGAGGUUUCACAGCAUUUUGUGUCAUCGACAUGCAACAGUUACCAACUGAUGACAACAUGUGUCCUAGAUUUGAAUGUAAACAAGAUUAAAAAAUAUAGAGCAUUUUAAAGUUUGUUAAAACCAGACAGAAAACUCUCAGAAGGGUAAAUUACAGAAUCGGGCAUUAAAUAAUUCCAGUGUGGAGUUUUAAAAUUCUAGUGGGAAUGUCAGACGAAUGACAUAAUGGACUCAAUCUUGACAUGUGACAUCAUCAGUGUAACAAGUCACCAGGAUUAUGAAUGGAAUAUUAUAUUAGCAACGAGUGUCAACAUUAUAUUCAUAUUAUUGUCCUAUUCUGAAUAAGGCCAAUAGUUAAUGUUUUGUUGUUCAUGUAAACGCAAGUAGCAAUAUAAUAACUUCCUAAUUGAUAUGUUGAUGGAGUAAUCAGAUUAUUAUUGUGAUGGAAACUGGAAUGAGUAAUUCAAAGUUGACCUCCUGAGUAAAUGAUCUUCAUUACCUUCCACCGCUGCACAACUAUGACUGAACCAUGUAAAUUGAAGGUCAAAAGAGUUCCUGGCUUAUUAUGUGCAAUCUUCUGUAUGUUGUUAACUGUUUCUUCCUUUUAUCAAUUUGUAUCCUUCACUCAAGGCAGAAUAAUUGAAUGUAUUUUUUUAAACACAGCUUGUAGUGAGUCAGAAUAAUUUUCUGAUUAUUUUUCCAACAAUAUGCACGUACAGGGUCAAUGUGAAACAUUAAGACGCAUGUGUGUGAUUAAAUUCAACAACCAAGUCAUUAUCUAACUAAUACCAUGUUUUAUGCACUGACUGCUUCUGUGUAUUUAAAGUUAAUCCCUCUCUGCUCUGAAAAACAUCUUCCUCUCUUAACAAAAUGGAAAUCUGUUACGGAAACUUCCAUUUUGUCUUUGUUAUUUAUAGUUUCUCGCAUUUUAAAUGUUUGAAGCUGUGGAGUUGUGUGCCUUGAAAUUAAAUUUAUUUAGUUGAUAGUAUAAAA